ACACCAACUCUUCAGGCGGAUUCCGCAGUCCACCAAGUCACCUACUACCCACCGAGACGACGAAGCCCCUGAAAACAACACAAACGUGAUCUGCAUGACGAAACCGCCAGUACGUUGCGUUUUACUCUAUUUGUAGUCGGUCGCUGCUCGAACCAGGGUAGUGAAUGGAGGAGGGAUCACCGCCAAAGCCUUCUGCUUCAUUAUGGGAUAGGGUUCUGAAUUGGAAGAGACUGGCUUUUGAAGAAUACAAAAGAAAGCCUGCAUCUCAUUGGAUUCUUCUAGGCCUGAGCACUGGGGCUAUGCUUGUAGCAUUCCCGGCGUCAAGCCUUCUAUCUCGUGUAUAUUACUCCAAUGGAGGCACAAGCAAGUGGAUUAUUUCAUGGGUGGCAGUUGCUGGGUGGCCUCUCACUGCUUUAAUCUUACUUCCGAUGUACAUUUUUUGGGGAACGUCUCCUACUCCUUUGAAUACUAAGCUCACUCUUUGUUACAUAGUUCUCGGUUUCUUAAGUGCUGCUGACAACCUCAUGUAUGCAUAUGCCUAUGCAUACCUCCCAGCAUCAACUGCUGCCCUUAUUGCAACAUCAUCCCUGAUAUUCUCCGCACUAUUUGGACGUCUUAUCGUGAAGAACAAACUGAAUGCUGCGAUGAUAAAUGCUAUUGUGGUAAUUACGGCAGGUAUUAUAAUUAUUGCAUUGGAUUCAGAUUCUGAUCGAUAUGGCAACGUUAGUCAGAAUCAGUACGUCAUGGGAUUUAUAUGGGAUGUUAUGGGAUCUGCUCUCCACGGGCUCAUUUUCGCUCUUUCAGAACUAGUUUUUGUGAAGUUAUUGGGGAAAAGAUCUUUCCAUGUUGUGUUGGAACAACAAGUCAUGGUGUCUUUUCUUGCUUUUGUGUUUACAACGAUUGGCACAGUCAUAAGCAAGGACUUUCAAGGAAUGGCUUCUGAAGCCAAAAGUUUUGAAGGUGGCGAGGCUGCAUAUAUCUUGGUACUAAUCUGGGGUGCCAUUACUUUCCAAUUAGGUGUUUUGGGAGGCACUGCUGUGCUCUAUUUGGCUUCUACUGUUCUGGCUGGUGUUCUCAAUGCAGUGAGGGUACCAAUCACAAGCAUUGCUGCUGUUAUAUUGCUUCAUGACCCCAUGAGUGGCUUCAAGAUCUUGUCUUUGGUUAUUACCUUCUGGGGAUUCAGUACAUACAUAUAUGGCAAUUCCUUUAAAGCCGCCUCCUGAUUUUUUUGGGUGACGUGGAACUCGUCCAGCCAUCUAUCAAAUAAUUGGUUCGUAAAUUCCGAACCACAUAGAAGACCCCACAAUCCUCAUGGACUAGUUAAGACAUGGAACGAGACCCAAUAUGAGAAUAUGAGAGAUAACGCAAGGUGACACUUCCACAUACUCGCUGGAUCUCUAGUGAGAUAACUAUAACAUAUUUCCUUUCUCCGUGUAUUUAUCUUGUGCAUGGAUUGAGAAUAUAGUAAUUCCAUUAUGCUUCA